UGAUAGAAAGAGACAGAUUUUAAACAAAAAAAAAAAAGAGAAAAAAAAAAUCACAGAAGAAAGUAGUUGAGAUAGUACGCGUUACUUAAUCCGCUUCAUAUAAACUUUAUUAAAAUAAAUAUACAAACAUAGUACAGUUUUGAGAUAAAAAUAGUUAUUAAUAAAUAUAGAAACCAGUAUUUUUAUAUAUAAAGAUUUUAGUUUGACAACAUUCCAACCUUCAGUUUGAAAACAGUAAAAAUAUAACCUGGAAAUUUUUAGAUCAAACACGUGCAACGUACAACAAAAUACACAGGAUGGAGCGCUUGAAAUCUAUUUUGUCCUCAUUAGACAAAGAGAAGAAGACGCCGGAAACGAAAGCAACAAUUAACCUCAUCCGAAGCCAGAAGUACAAUGGGAUGAUUGGUGAUAAACAGACCUACUGGACCAAUCCUGUAUUCGCUAGCCCAGCAGCGUUUCUCGGAUUUGACAUCCCAGUAAUCGAGGAUAUUGCGCUGAAAUCAGGCUUUCAUAGAGCUAGUAGUAAUAAUAAUGUGCUAGUUUAUGAGGAAGCCAGUUCUGCACUUGUAAUAUCAGAAAUACCAGUAGAAAUUCCAGCAGAGAUACCAGUGACCCGAGUGCCGUCCUUCGUGAUCCAUUGUCAACAGGUAAUCGGCAAGAGUGUUCAAACAACCAGUGUUAAUUUACGGGACCUUUUAUCAAAUGCUGAUUGGAAAGAAGUAAUAUCAAAAGUAGCAGCUAGCAUAGCCCCAAAAAGCUAUCGUAAUGUAGCUACACAGACAAUUGAGACCAGAUUAACUGUUGUACCCCAGCCAGGUUGUCUGAAGUGUAAGAAAACAAGUCAUAUGACCAGGAAAUGUCCAAAUCCACUCACCGGGGACCCAUACUGCACCAAUUGCCGUAGACUUGGUCAUACCAACAACAGCUGUCCGUAUCAGCCAGCGUCUGCAACAGGGUACCAUUGUGUAAAAGGAUAUUGCUACAAUUGUUCAGCUCAGUACCCUUUUUACAAUGAUCAAUGUGAAAAGUGUCUUGAACGGGUGGAGAUGACCAGAGCAUCCAGAGGAGCAUACCGGAUCCUACCACCAUAAGGACACCAAAGUGAUCAGUGUUUCAGUGAAACUACGUUUAAUAUAUACAGACAAUAAUAGUAUUAUUAAAUGAUCACAGAAACUAAAAAAAAAAAAAAAAA